AUGGAGGAUGUUGGCAAUCUGGUCCAUGGUCCCCUCUGGAAUCAGACAGAGAUUGAUCUUUCCAACAGCAACCUUGUCGGCCCCAUCCCCACAGCGCUUAGCAGACUGGUGAACCUGACCUACCUCAACCUUUCCAGCAACGCCUUCUCAGGCCAGAUUCCUCCUAGUCUUAGUAACCUGACCAACCUCGCUUACCUGGACCUCUCCUUCAACAAAUUGCUCUCGGGCCCCAUCCCAAAUGAGUUGGGUAAACUGUCUAGUCUUACUGACCUCUUUCUCAAUAACAAUUAUCUUUCGGGCUCCAUCCCCCUUGAGGUCGGCAAUCUUGCCAAGCUUUCCAUUCUCUCCCUCUCCUCGAACAGAUUUGCUGGCCCCAUUCCCCCAGAGCUUGGCAGCCUAACUAAGCUCACCAUUCUCUCCCUUUACAAUAACAACCUUUUCGGUCCACUCCCUCCAGAGCUCGGUAGCCUGACCAAACUUACGGGGCUCGACCUGAGCAACAACAAUUUUUCCGGUCCCAUACCCCCAGAGCUUGGCUCUCUGACCAAAUUGGCCGUGCUCAUCCUGCACAACAACGACCUCUCUGGCCCCAUUCCCCAAGAGCUCGGCAACCUGACCGAGUUUAUCUGGCUAGAGCUGAACAACAACAAUGACCUCUCGGGCCCCAUCCCUUUGGAGCUUGGCACUUUAAGCAAGCUUGAGGCCGUCGACCUCUCAUCGACAAACACAACUUUCGAUACCUUCAGCUUCUCGCACUGGAAGAACCUUUCGGUGCUGAGUCUUCCUGGCCCGCCCCCUCCCUCAAUCCAUGACACCAAUACACUGUAUUUGACUUUUGAGAUCAACAAUCAGACAACAAAAGGUCUAGACUUGUCACUAGUGCCGGACUCGUGCAAGUUUGUAAGCGUGAGGGGCCCGCUCACCUACCUUGAAAGCAUUCGUUUUUGGGGAGGUUGCGAGAAGGGAUGCAUCGUUAACUUGGCAAGCACAAGGGCGAGAUUAUCUGGCAGCACGCGGCGGAAAGUGUGCUUAAGCAAGAUUUCGGUUUUCCUCAAUGGGGACAUUCCUGACGGCGUCGUCGAAUAUGUUACCGAUGGGGUGCCUCGAAAUAGAAACCUUCUUAAGAACGAACAGGGGUUGAUCUUCAACUUGACGGACCCGAAUUUCGUGGACGAGAUCGACCUGGGGCCCAAUGGAAGAGCGUACACGGGGGUCGGGUUCUCGCGGGUCCAGGCGGGCAAUCUGUGCGGCUACCCCGAGGCGAAGAUGGUCGCUGCUUCCGUGUUCGGCUCGGCUGCCGUGCUUCUCGUUCUGGCGACCUUCGCCAUCAUCGUGGUGGCUCGGUGGCGCCGUCGGAUCCGCGGAAACUCCUUGAGCGAGAGCCGCUAUCACAUUUUGAGGCAAGGUGGCGUCUAUUUGUGGGGAGCCGCUCGGGCAGUCCUGCCGGUGGUGGACCUUGCCACAGACUUCCUGGUGUUGAGCGAGGUGUGGGGUGCGUGGCCGAUGUGGGUGUUGUUGGCGUCCGUCGGCGCACCCUUCGCGUUCGGGGCUUACGUGCUGGCCAAGGCUUGGGCGUCGGCCAGGACACCCUUACUUAAGUGGAAGGGCAUGCGGGUGCGUUGGUUGUGGCCGCUUCCGGAAUUGGGCGAGGAGCGGCUCAAGUCCGAAGGCACGAAUGCGCGGUACUCCUGGCUGCUCGCGAUCGUCCUUCUGCCCUUGGGGCUGGUUGGCAUCCUCGUCCAAGACCUGCUGUCCGUGGCGGAGCGGUUCGGGGUCCAUCUGGCGUGGGGGGACGAGAUCGUCGUUUUCGAGCGCUACCACGAGUCCCGGGUGAUGGUCGAGCUGCUCCUGGAGUCCUUGCCACAAGCUGUAUUUCAGACCGGACUCUACAUCAUAGGGAGCUCGAGGGCGACGCGCAUCUACAUCGACGAACGCAUAUUCGUGCAGUCUAUCGUAGUCUCUCUGUGUAGCAUGCCCAUUCACUACUGCACUAUGUUAUGGGAGGCGGUCUACGAGGGAAAGACAUUGAUGAGGGUGUUUCUGGACCGUUUCGAGAGUGCGGGGCAGCCGAUCAUUGUGACGGUCACGCCGACCAAGGAUGAAGAGGAGAUGGGGAGACUGAGCUUGAAUAGCCAAUUGAAGGCACAACAUACCUAG